CUUGGUAAAGGAUACAUCUAUAGGCUUUAAGACUGAGUGGAAUUUGUUCCCUGGUAGUUUCUUGGGUGAUCCUUACUUUCUUCUCUUGCUUUGGUUGUUGACUGUUGAUUACUUUGUUUUUGUUGAUUUUCAGAGUUAGUUGACAAGUCAGCCGAUCCACCGAUUCCUGAUUUCCUUGAGGUCUGAGAUCUAUUAAGAAGGCAGACGGUUCUCGACUGGAGGACUAUUCCGCAGCUGGAUCAAGUUAGAGGCAGGAAACCGUCAAAAGGUACUACCUUGUCGUGCUUAUCAGUUUUCGACCGACCUAUUUUGCCGUAUUUCUUUUGUUAAGGACCUUGGUUUGUAUUGGCAGGAGGCGCGAGCUGAACAAGGAUGGUAAAAAUGGGCGUUCCCAAGUAGUCUGGCAAGCCUGUCUCAAAGAAGAAGGAUGUCGCAGAAGAGAAGGAGCUGCAACUAGCUUUGAAGAGGAGUCUGGUUGACCACUCGUCUAUCCAGAGUUCUCGUGCUGGGGUGCUUCGGGUAGUCGAGCUUCAGAUGGUAAUAAGUCCUCCUGCGACAAGGGGAAAACCAGUGACGCUGUUCGGCGAGAUAAGGAUAUUAUCCCCAUCGAUCUCACAGUCGAAAUGGAUCGCCCUUCUUCGAGGAAUCCGCCUGACUCAACGGGGGAUUCUGGCAAGCAUAAGGAGGUUCCGUCCGGUUAUGAUGGGGCAGUUGAGUUUAAAAAGCCUAGGACCUCCUCGCUGGACCCGAAGGAUAAGGGUGUCCAAUCUUCCUAUUCUCUCCGUUUUCGUUAUGCGAAGGACACCCCCUUUCUUUCUGACAAAAGGGAAUGUGGUGCUCUCAUUCGUGAGGUCUCCAAAGUGUCGGGUGAACGCUCCGAGGGAGAUUUGAAGGAGGAUGACGCUUUUGACGAAUAAGCUCGGCAUCAACUCCAGUCAGCGAGCUCGGCGUAAUUGAUGGUUUGCCGCUAUGAGCGCAGAUUGAAGGCUGCCGAACGUGAAAUUGCUCUCCCCGAAGAUGGAUUGAAGGAAUGUCAAAAUCAGAUUGGUAAGUAUCGGUUCGAGUCGAUUAAGGCUUGGCGGGAGUUUGAUCGUCUGAAGGAGGAGAAUCGCCAAUUGCAAGGGUCAUACGAGCGUUCUUGUGCUGAUGUUACUCGUUUGGAAGCCUCUGCCCAGCGAGCUGCUGAAGACUUUGACCAUCGGCUUAAGUUGGCAGUUGAGAAAAGGGCCGAGGAGGUUCGCCGGUGAAGUAAGGGAGGGUUAUCGCGAGUGGUCAAACCAAAUUCGUCAGCAUAUCUGGGAAGCGAGAUGGUUUUUUAACGCUAUGAUGAUGAAGGCUCAGGCGAAUGGUAUUGCAAAGCAGGUCGACGAUCUUGUGAAAGAUGGUUUUGCGAUUCCUGCUGAGACGAUCCACUUUGUUGUUGACGGUUUGGCUUUUUGGGAUAGCGUGGUGGAUGGUAUUGAGAUUUCUCCGCUUGUUAAUGACGGGUAUGUGGUGACUCGGACUGCUGAGCAUGUUGCGGCCAAUCCUCGGCGUAUUUCGAGUUACGAUGAGGUCGUCAAUUUUGACGAGUAUGGCUCGAAUAUGCCGUCCGCUGCUACCGAGAUUGCGGAACCCAAACUGCCUCAUAGAAACGAUGCUGAACAGGCUCCGGAUGUUGAACCGCAAGUGAUGUCAAAGGGGACGCCCGAACGGGAUAUUGUGACCGGCCUUGCUUUGGCGGAUGCUGCUGUGGCUUUGAUUUCUGAAGGAAUAGAAGGACAUGUCAUUCAGAUCCCAGGGCUCGUUAGUGGUGUAGCCGUGGUGGAUCCGCUAGCUCCUGUUCCUGUCACUGCUCCUGAAGGUGUGAGUGAAGUUGUGCCUGAAUAAGCCCUGCGUGGCUUCUUGAAUAGUGUCGUUUGUGGCUUGCAUCACUUUAGGACUUAUCUAUGUGUUGUGUUUUGUUUGCUUCUCUUUUGGGCGGAUCCGAAUUGUUAAGAAGAUUUUGAGGGUGGUUUGUUUGUACCCCCUCCCUUUUGGUUAUGGAUGAUGUUGAUGAUUUUUAAG